AUGGUGUUUGGAGUCUGGCUCGACCAGGAAGACGCGGAGGUCAUGGCUAAGUGGCGAGACUGUGCUCUGUACUUCGUCCUUCCACGGCUGGUCCACCGCCCUCUCUUCAACCUCGGAAUUUGCAAGGUGAAGCAACUCCGCGCUGAUACAGUUGCACUGAUCGAGAAGCACAAGUUGGAGUCUUUCAUCAUUGACAUCAACAACAAGCUGCCCGAGAAAUAUCGGAGGACCCCAACGGUGAAGCUUGCGGAUGAGACUUUGUUUGUUGUGGGCUUUGCGGGCGUUGGUGGGACUUCAGCAGCAUGUGAUGGGCACUUUCCUGCAGUGCAAGAUCCCUGA